AUGCAGCUUCAUGCGCCACGCAGCGAUGUAGUGCCUUGUUAUUGGCAUGCUGACUUGAAAGUUGUGCCUCCAGCCGUAAGAUACCGAGCUUCUCACUUCGUGUGCUUGAGACCUUGGGGCUACUGGGCGCAUCGUAUCGGAGCCAGUUUCGCGGCAUCCAGGAUGUCUCGCGCACGGUCCAGAUCGCCUCUGCCGGCGGACUCGCUGAAGAUAUCUCGCACCAUUGCAGGCUUCGGCCGAUACGCCUCCAAGCGCCCAGAUGGCCUUCGAGUGGACCGUGAUGGCUGCAUGAAGCUAGAUGACAUCAUGAAUUCCUGGGGGGACAGGCAUGGUCUCCGAGAAACGGACAUCUUACAUGCCGUUAGGAGACACAUGUUCCGCGAGCAUGAGCAUGGUGGGUCGCUACGCUUUGCCAUCGACGGUGACCAUGAUGGAGGCAUUGUGAUACGCGUGAUGCCCAAAGAAGACGAAGACCGAGUGGAUCGACGUCGGCGCCAUGCUUCCCCUCAGAACGGUGUUCUUUUCCCCGCGGUGGGCAUGAGACCGCCAGAGAAGCGAAUACCGAAAAAGAUAGGAAGCGUGACGAAAGCGCCUGUGCCGACUAGGCCUCGCCCUAUCAACGGAACCAAAACGCCUGCAUUGGCUGACAAGUUGUCAAUGUCGCUGGACGACUUGAUCAGCACGAACGAGGUCAUAGACUUGGAGGCGGAUGACACGAACGAGGCCAGGCAGCAAAGGGUCAGGCACUCUUUUCGGCAGAUGGGCCUGACACCGGAGACGAUGCAUUUACGAAGACCUCCUCAAGACAGAGACAGACAUGGUGAGGGCCGCAAUGGAAAAGGCGGUGACCGUCCAGAGACGCGUGGUCGCAACCGCGGAGGUUGGAGUGCGGCAGAGAGGAUGCACCGCUACAUUUCCUGGAUUGCAAAAGCUGGCUUCAAGGAGCUUGGCCUUCAGCAGCAAGCAGGAGGUUGGCUUGAGCUCGCCGGUAUCGCGGCAGCAGUUACAAGGAACAGGAAGGAUCUCGGGGAUUUUGACGCGGAGAAGUUGAAGAUGUAUAUCCAGGAAACCGAUGUCGAUGGACGCUUCGAGAUCAAUGGGUGCCAGCUCCGGAAAGUCGACAAGGCAGAUCGACGACGCAGAGAUUCGCAACGAUCGCCUUUCGAACCCAGCGCCCCAACAGGGCAGGCCGCAGUGCGCGAGCCACUAGAGAUGCUAGAGGUGUCUUCAUCUGCAUCAUCUGGACGACAUCGUAGGCGUUCUCGAUCGUUGUCGUUGGGAUCUGAUUCCGACAGGCUAGGUGCAGAUGAAGAGGAUGAUGCUUUGGCAGCGAAGUGUCAAAACCUCCGGGUUUCUGGCGACAUGGAAGAUGUCAAGCCGGAAAUCAAGACAGAGCUUAGGCCCAACAGAGGUACAGUGCAGAUUCCCACGCCGGAUCCUCCUCCGGGGGAGUACUGGACCCAGUACAAGGACGAAGGUGACAAAGGUCUAUUUUGGUGGUUCUACGACGGUCCAUUGGGUCAGUGGUGGGUUGGCCAGGAUGGUGGGGAGCCCUUGCAGUACUGUGGCUGA